AUGCCCCUGCCCCUGCCCGUUCCCACCUCCCGCCUCCUCGCCGCCAUCUCCGCUGCUGCGUCCUCAACUGCAGACCUCCGCCGCCUCUCCCACCUCCUCCUCACCUCCUACACCCCACUCCCCCCGCUCCGCUGCCUCAAUACCCUCCUCAUGGCGCUCGCCCGCCACCGCAUGCUCCCGGACAUGGAGUCCUUCGCAUCCCGCAUGCCCGCGCGCAACCUUCGCACGUACACCACCCUUAUCAAUGCCUACUGCCUCGCCGGCGACCUCCCUGCUGCCAAGCGGCAUCUUGCCUCCCUACUCCGCGCUGGUCUUGCGCCGGACUCUCAUGCGUAUACCUCAUUUGUUCUCGGAUAUUGUCGGGCGGGGCUGCUUUCGCACGCCUGCCGGGUGUUCGUGCUAAUGCCGCUCCGAGGAUGUGCACGCACUGUGUUCACGUACACUGCUCUGCUCCAUGGGCUGUGUGGCGCCGGUAUGGUGCGUGAGGCUGUGGCAGUGUUUGCUGGGAUGCGGGCAGACGGGUGCGCCCCUGACACACAUGUGUAUGCCACGAUGGUGCAUGGACUGUGUGGGGCGGGGCGAACUGGAGAGGCAGAGGUUCUUCUCGUGGAGGCAAUGGCUGAGGGUUUUGAGCCAAAUGUGGUCGUCUACAAUGCCCUGAUUGAUGGCUACUGCAAUGCCGGGGACCUGGAGCUCGCGGUUAAGGUUUAUGAGAGGAUGGAUCUUAAGGGCUGCUCAGCAAAUGUGCGAACGUAUACUGAGCUGAUAUGUGGGUUCUGCAAAUCUGGCAAGGUGGACAGAGCCAUGGUGCUGUUCAGCCGGAUGGUCGAGGCUGGUUUGGCUCCAAAUGUGGUGACAUACACGGCCUUAAUUCAGGGGCAGUGCAAUAAUGGGCAGUUGGAAUGUGCUUUUAGGAUGCUCCAAUCGAUGGAGGCCACCGGGCUGGUUCCUAGUGAGUGGACUUGCUCGAUGUUGAUUGAUGCUCUGUGCAAACGUGGAAGGGUUGGGGAAGCUCAGUUGUUUCUUGGGUCUCUUAUACAGAAAGGAUACAGGGUGAAUGAGAUUGUCUACACCAGCUUGAUUGAUGGACUGUGCAAGGCAGGAAAGGUUGAUGCUGCUGACAAGUUAAUGCAGAAAUUGGUUUCACAGGGGUUUGUGCUAGACGCUCACACAUACAGUUCACUAAUUGAUGGAUUAUGCAGGCAAAAGGAGUUGUCACAAGCGAUGUUGGUGUUGGAUGAUAUGAUGGUGAAAGGAGUACAACCCAAUGCUGUCACGUAUACCAUUCUAAUUGAUGAGCUUGUUAGGGAGCUAGGACCUGAAGGUUCAAAGAAGAUACUUAAUAAGAUGAUUGCGGCAGGAAUUAAGCCUGAUGUUUUCACCUACACAAUAUUUGUUCGCUCCUACUGUCAUGAGGGAAGGAUGGAAGGUGCUGAACAUAUGAUGGUUGAAAUGGUUGAUCAGGGCAUUUCCCCUAAUUUAGUGACAUAUAACACUUUGAUUAGUGGGUAUGCAAAUUUAGGACUAGCCAGUCAAGCAUUUUCAGUUUUUAAGCACAUGGUUGCUAGUAGGUGCAAGCCAAAUGAGGUGUCCUACACGGCCCUGCUUAGAUUAUUGGUAAAGAAAAAAUCCUCUAAUAAUAUCCUUGCCAGCUCUGUUGAUAUAUGGAAAAUAGCAGAAAUGGAAUAUCUCCAGGAGCUUCUGGAGGAGGUGGUUAAGCUUCAGUUGCUUUCAGACAUUGAAAUUUACAAUUGUUUUCUUAGGUCUUUAUGCCGAGUUGAUAGAUUGGAGGAAACCAAAAUUUUGCUCGGUGAGAUGCAGAGUGCUAACUUGACCCCUGGCGAGGAUGUAUAUACUUCAAUUAUAGGGUGUUGUUGCAGACUAAAAAUGCCAACAGAAGCUUUGACAUUUCUUGAUUCAAUGAUCAAAAGUGGUUAUUUACCACGUGUAGAAUCGUAUAGGCAUAUUAUUUGUUCUCUUUGUGAGGAGGGAAGUAUUAAGACUGCUAAAAAGGUUUUGGGUGACAUGUUAUUGGAGGAAUACAACUAUGAUGAGAUAGUUUGGAAGAUUCUGGUUGAUGGUCUAUUGCGGAAGGGCAAUGCUGCCGAGUGUUUGAUUCUGCUCUCAGUGAUGGAGGAGCAAGAUUAUCGCCCUGGUGAUGCAUUGUAUGCCAAGCUUACAGAUGGCAAGGCGGUUGUCGUCACAGGAAGAAAGAAGGGUAUUUUAUUUGUCAGGAUUAGGGAUAUCAAUUACCUGCUUGAAGAGAUAUAUACAACACCGAAGUUGAAUUGUUUGUUGAGUUGA